AUGAAUCAAAUUACCUGUAAAUAUAUUUGUGUGCCCCCUGAAUACAUAUUUUCAGCCGAUGGACUUCCAGGACUUAGCGGUUGUUCCUUGAUAUGUAAUGAUGAUGAUGCGGGAGAAUGUGCAACUAAAACCUAUGGUUUUUCCCAUGAUUUUGUCAGUCAGCACAAGACCACAAUAAUGAGCGGCAAGGAUGAGAAUGAAUGA